AUGUCUGACUCAGUGGGCCACCGCAUUAAGGACGACAGCCUUGAGGGAAAGAGCCUCCUUCACUAUAAGGGCCUUAAAAGUGAUGACACCUGGACGGAAGAUCAGACAAUCGAUCUGAACAACUACUUCGGAGAUUCGGACGGGUGGUUCACGGCCGAUAAUUCCGGGUAUGCCGAGAGGGCGGAAGAUGCAGAUGAGAUACGCGAAUAUGUUACAGCAGCACGUCCGAGCGAGCCCAAACUUCGGGCACACCUAUAUAGAGAUGACAACAAAACCACCAGAUUUCAGGGUGUUACACUUGACGACUUUUUCGAAGUAGACGAUGAUGGCAUACUGGAACGCGUCUAUUGA